AUGGUUUUAGACAAAGCACAGUUGAGUGUGGACAAUGGCAUGAUGAUGAAAAAAUUCGUGGAGAUCAAUCCUGCUGCCAACACUGCUGCUGACACAUCGGAUCCCCCAACAGAACUUAAGGCAGAGCAACCGGACCCCUCCAGGAUAGAGGUGGUUUCGGUGACGGAGGAAGAUCUCCCCACUGUUGAGACCCCCAACACACUGAACGUCAGUCCCCUGGGUAGCUUUGCUGCUGACCCCCAAUUGGAGGACAAUUCUGCCAAACCCGAAGAUCCGCGACCUCCGGCUGCACCCAGCCCGACCAUGCCAAUCACCAAGGUGCAGCCAUUUAUCCAUGAGGAUGACUUGGGGAAAAGCUGGAAGAACAGACUGCUGGCACAUCGCUUUGAGCUGCUAAUCGCUUCGUGCCUCAUCGUGGUGGUCACUCUCGCUCUCGGCAUCGGCCUCGGAGUGGGUCUGAGCUGUGUAAGGAAGUUUCGUUGUGGCUCAUCGUCUAAAUGUAUCAGCCCGUCGGCUCAGUGUGACGGAGAGGUUCACUGUGACGAUGGAGAAGACGAGCUCGGCUGUGUGCGUCUGAGUGGGAGGAGCUCGGUCCUGCAGGUGCAGAGGGGGGGAGUAUGGAGGACAGUGUGCUCGGAGGGCUGGAACAACUGGCUGGGGGUCUCUGCCUGCAAGCAGCUGGGAUACUCCAGGUAUGUGGAGUCAUUCUUCGUGUCUCUAACCUCCAUUGAGCAGGACCUUCAGGAAAACCUGGUGUCCAUCAACCUGAGCCAGUCACAGAUCGUUAAGCUCCACAACGCCACAGCCUUCAGUAAGACUCAGUGCAGCUCAGGGAAGGUGACCACUCUGAAAUGUCUGGAGUGCGGCUCCAGGCCCCAGUACAACACUCGUAUCGUUGGAGGUAACAUCUCCAGGCCGGGUCAGUUCCCCUGGCAGGUCAGCCUCCACUUCAUCAGUGAACACCUGUGUGGAGGCUCCAUCAUUACAUCACGCUGGGUCCUCACUGCAGCACACUGUGUGUAUGGGUUUGCAGACCCCUCCAUGUGGGCGGUCCAUGUGGGGCAGACGGAGCAGCCGGUCCACGGGGCUCAGUCUCUGGCUGUGGAGCAGAUCAUAUAUCACGCUCGCUACAGACCCAAAGGACUGGACUAUGACAUUGCACUGAUGAAACUGGCCACGUCACUUGCUUUCAAUGGCUUUGUGGAGCCCAUCUGCCUGCCCAACUAUGGGGAGGAGUUUGAGGAGGGAACCAUGUGCUGGAUCUCUGGAUGGGGAGCAACUGAGGAUGAAGGAGAGACCAGUGUGGUUCUGCGCUCGGCCAUGGUGCCGCUGCUUUCCACUAAGACCUGCAACCAGCCAGAGGUUUACCAGGGCUUCAUCUCCUCCUGGAUGGUCUGUGCAGGAUUCCUGAAGGGAGGAACCGACUCCUGCCAGGGCGACAGUGGAGGACCUCUGGCCUGUGAGGACUCAUCUGUAUGGAAGUUGGUUGGUGCGACCAGCUGGGGGAUCGGCUGUGCUAUGAAGAACAAGCCGGGUGUUUACACACGCAUCACACAGUCGCUCAGCUGGAUCCGACAACAGAUGGAGAGAGAAGAGGCUCACAACUCUCCAACCCUGAGCACAGACAACUGAAGCACCUCGUUACUUCUCACAGGAUUAUGUUUGGAUGUUUCCACAUUUGACAAAACAGAGAAAACUACAGAGCUAAACUAUCACACCAGAAUGGCAGAGCCUUUGAGACACACAAAUCCUAUUUGGGGGCCAAGCUGAGGGAGCAGAGAGACGGUGCACAGCAGAGAGUUAGGCAUCGUUUAUUCCAAAAUAGAAAGCUCUAAGGCAAAACAGACAAGAGAAAAGUGAACAACGCUUCAUAAAAAGCAAGACAGACGCAAGUGAGGAACCAAGAGCUCAGCGAGGGCCCACUCAGAGUCACUCCACCCUCAGGCUGCAUGAAAUAACCAUUUCAAGUCUCAAUUUCACAAGAGGAAUAUGAACCAGAUUACUGCAGCUAAUGACAGACAAUUGUUGUACAGUACAAUAUUACAGAUUUUCAAACAAGAGGCACCCCAUUUGUGAAGUAAUAUCAACAUAUUGAUACAGAGGUCAAAUCUUUCACUACAUGUGGUUGUAAUGGCAGAGGGAGCAACAGAGCCUGCAGCGCUCAGUCCCAGUCCUUCAGGCAGGCAGUGAACAAGGAGCCCAACGUUCCACCUGCUCUUUGUUUUCAACGCAGCAUGUACGUGUACAUAAAUAAAAGUU